AUGGGGAAAAUAAUGAAGCCGGGUAAAGUGGUGUUGGUAUUGGGUGGGCGUUUUGCUGGUCGAAAGGCAAUUAUCGUAAAAGCGUAUGAUGAAGGGUCGUCCGAUCGUGCCUACAGUCAUGCGUUAAUUGCUGGCAUUGAUAAGUACCCAUUAAUGGUAACAAAACGAAUGGGCAAGAAAAAAAUCAAAAGCAGAAGCAAAUUACGUCCAUUCGUUGGUAUUGCUAGCUAUUCCAACUUGCUCCCAACCCGAUAUUCGGUUGAUGUAUUAUUAGACAAGAAUUUGAUCAACAAAGACGUCCUGAAGGAGCCUGGAAAAAAACGACGAGCUCGAAUGGAGGUUAAAAAGAAGUUUGAAGAACGGUAUAAAACUGGCAAGAAUAGAUGGUUCUUUACUAAAUUACGCUUUUGA